UGCCAAAAUGGCGGGGAAGGGCUCUCACGCCCCGCCCCUCAGGUGAUUGCCAGGUUGUCCUGUCACGUGACACGCGGAGCCGGGCAGUGGCGAGUUGCUGCGGGACUCGCGCGGCGCGCUUGGGACGCUGUUGGCGGCGCGGACGGGAUGGAGCAGUGCGCGGCUCUGCUGUGGGGCUGGCUCCUGCUUGGCUGCAGUUGGGGCCCGGGCCCCCCCGGGGUCGGUGCUGCUGCGCUGUCGACGGCCACCUAUGUGCUGAACGAUGCCGGCGGGCUGGGGAGGCAGUUCGACGGGAUCGGAGCUGUCAGCGGUGGCGGGGCCACAUCUAGACUCCUGGUGAACUACCAAGAACCUUAUCGCUCCCAGAUUUUGGAUUAUCUAUUCAAGCCAGAUUUUGGUGCUUCUUUACAUAUCCUCAAAGUAGAGAUCGGAGGUGAUGGACAAUCAACAGAUGGUACUGAACCCUCCCAUAUGCACUAUGAAAAUGAUGAGAACUACUUCCGGGGCUAUGAAUGGUGGCUAAUGAAAGAAGCUAAAAAGAGGAACCCCAAAAUUAAACUUAUUGGAUUACCUUGGACAUUUCCGGCAUGGAUAGGGAAGGGUGAAAACUGGCCCUAUGACUAUCCAGAUGUCACUGCUUACUAUAUUGUUUCUUGGAUAUUAGGAGCUAAACACUAUCAUGAUUUGGACAUUGAUUAUGUUGGGAUAUGGAAUGAAAGGGCAUUUAAUAGCAAAUAUAUUAAGCUGUUGAGAUACACAUUGGAUAAGCAUGGUCUGCAACAGGUGAGGAUCAUAGCCAGCGAUAGACUGUGGGAGCCCAUUUCCUUUGUCUUGCUGCUUGACUCUGAGCUCCAUGGAGUGGUCGAUGCAAUUGGGGCUCACUAUCCUGGAACAAAAACGGUGCCAAAUGCCUUAUUAACUAAGAAGAAACUGUGGUCUUCAGAAGAUUACAGUACUUUCAAUGAUGAAGUUGGUGCAGGCUGCUGGGCUCGGAUCCUGAACCAAAACUAUGUGAAUGGGAACAUGACCUCAACCAUUGCAUGGAACUUGGUGGCUAGUUAUUAUGAAGAGUUGCCCUUUGGUCGAUGUGGAUUAAUGACAGCGCAAGAGCCAUGGAGUGGCCACUACAAAGUAGAAGCUCCUAUCUGGAUUACAGCACACACAACACAAUUUACUCAGCCAGGCUGGUCAUACUUGCAAGUGGAUGGACACUUACAAGGAGGUGGCAGUUUUGUAGCCCUGACAGAUGGCCUAGGGAACCUUACCAUCAUAAUUGAAACUAUGACUUACAAUCACUCGCAGUGUAUCAGGCCUCCACUGCCUCAUUUCACUGUGACACCUCAGAGAGCAACUUUCUACCUCAAAGGGUCAUUUUCCAUGGUGAAAACCCUUCAAGUGUGGCAUUCUAGACUUGAUUUUGAAUCUGGAAGCUCUAGUCUUUUUCAGCAACUCCAUCCUGUAAAGGUGUGGAAGGGAAGUUUUUCUUUAGAUUUAAAUGUGGAUGAAGUCUAUACUUUAACCACACUCAAAACUGGGCAGAAAUGUGGUUACCCAGAGCCUCCACCACCUCAGCCCUUUCCUUCAAAUUACAAAGAUGAUUUCAAUAUUCGUAAUCCACCUUUCAGUGAAGCCCCAAAUUUUGCAGAUCAGACAGGUGUAUUUGAAUACUUCAUAAACGCUUCUGACCCAGGAGAUCAUGUGUUCACAGUCCGCCAGGUGGUGGUUCAGCGACCUAUCACUUGGGCUUCUGAUGCGGAUCAGACCAUCAGCCUCAUAGGAAAUUUUAAGUGGGUAAACAUGACAGUCACUUGUGACAUCUACAUAGAAAAACAACGUGAUGGGGGUGUGUUUGUUGCAGGAAGAGUUGAUAAUGGUGGGAUAUAUGUUCGACGUACCAAAGGAGUUUUCUUCUGGGUUUUUGCAGAUGGCACCUACAGAGUCACUGGUGACCUAGCUGGAGAAGAAAUAUUAAUGAAAGGACUUUCUGGUGUCCGGGAUAAUGCAUGGCACACGCUUACUCUCAACAUUCAGGGCACUUCUGCCUCAGGACUGCUAAAUGGUUACGCACUCUGGGAGAAUGUCACCGUUUCUCAACCGAGUAACGGCUGGGCUGCUAUUGGAACUCGCUCCUUUGAGUUUGCACAGUUUGACAACUUUCAUAUUGAAGCUAGCUGAGGUGGCUUUUGCGUUUAGCGAACCCAGUUCUCAUAUCACUUUGAAUAAGAGCCAGUUCAAACUUUGAGGACAACUUAAUGCUAUGCUGAGAUUGAACCGUUGGCAAGGAAUCCAAAUUCUGUCCUUAUUAUUUGUGAAAGGUUUACUUGAGUAGAUAUCAACAUGACUGUAACUUUAUCCCCUGAUUGCUGUGGGGGUUUUGCUGUUUGAUUUUUGAGGGUAAAUUUCAGUUCAAGGUAAUGAUGAAAAAAAAAUGAUAGAUUUAAAUCUUUUUUAAUAACAUCUUAACUUCCUAGCUCACUUUUAAGAUAACUUUAGAAGUUAAUAGAAGACAGAGGCAUUCAAGCUACAUUUUUAACUCACGUGAUUGUGUCCAUUCCUUUCACUCUGAAAGAUAGAAUUACAUGCCAGUAAGCCUUAUGAGCCAGUCACCCCAUACUUUUGUAGAUCUGUCAUUCUUAAAUUUGGAUGAAGUACCUAUUUUUUCUAUAGUAAAAACCAAAAAGAUGUUUUGCCUGUUUUUCUGCUGCAGUCUGAGGCUAGAUAGUACAAUACUCCAAGUGCAUUUGAUUAGUUUUUCCUGAUUCCUUCUUCUAACUUUCAUUCCCAGCCCUUAAAUAGAUCAUAUUAUUUUCAGUGGAAUGGAAAUGUGCCAUAUGGCUGAUCAGGCAGUGCAGGAUGUGCCUUACGUCUGAACUACCUCUUCUUUCCAGUGAAACGGUUGAAAUGGAUGAAAAGAAACCAUAACUUGCAGUUUGUUAAUGAUAGCCUUGCAGGUUUUUUUGCAUGGUGCAAAGAAUAACAACUCUGCAUCAUGGAUGCUGGCAAGCAGAGUGCUUACUUUCAUGUUGGAUCAUGUGUGGAAAACGUGGCCUUUUGUUCCUAGUAAUUUGGGCAGCCAUCUCUCACUUUUGAUGGAUCUGAAGGUUAGAGCAGAAAAUAAUUAAAGCGUAAUAAUUUUAUUUAGCUUAAGAAAUUACUGUAGCACAGAGGAGAUAUGGAUACUAUCACAUCCUGGUAUAAAAGAAAAUUAAAACGCCAGACUUUGCCCAUAAGAGCUUGCAAUCUAUUCAUAACGUAAGUGACAGCAGGUGGAUGUAGACAGAAUUGUUUAGUGUGGCAGGCAGUCAGAUUGACACAAUAGUGUCUGGUUUUAAACUUCUCCUAGGCAUCUCGGAGUGAAGUUCAGAGGGAAUUUCAGAUCCUUGGGAAAUAAGGGAUUCUGUUUUGCUGUUGCUUCAUUGUUUGUGGGUCUGGGUUUUGGUUUGGGGGGGCGUUUGUUUGGUUUGGUUUUUUUUGGGUUGUGUUUCUUUUUUUUGUUAGGGUUUUUUUUUUUUCUUCUUUUUGGUUGUUUUGUGUUUUUUUGUUGUUUGUUUUGUGCUACAAAAGAAGAAAAAAUAAAAAGGACUGAGAAUAUUGAGGAUAUAAUGAGGUACUGAAUGAGAUUUUCAUCACACACACUCCAAAUUCAGUUGGCCUCUGAAUUUUCCUGUUUGCUGUUUGUCAUUUUGUAUGAAGAUGAUGUUGGUUGCCAUAACAAAACAUGCUGCCUGUGUCCCUCUACUUUUCACAUUCACAUCCUGUGUAAUUGACAAGCAAGUAGUUCCACAUGCUUGACAGGACACUAAUAGCUGUAUGAGGCUGUCUGUAGCAGGCAAUAUCUUGAGAAACAGAUUUGCAGUAUACUUUGAUUUAUACAGAUUAAUAUCUGAUCCACUUUAUUUUGAAGGCUGAUUCCAGUGUUAACUUUAGUCUUCAAAGUUGUCAUCUAAUGCAGAAUUAAUGUAAUAUAAAUCAUUACUGUAAAACUUUUAUAAAGGUUAUUUUCCAAAUUAGCUUUUGGAGAAGAGUUCUAAGAAUUCCAUCUCUAAUAAGUAAAACUGUUUUAUUUUUUAGCUGUUAUACUGCUAUUGAUUGGUUAUGAAUCAUUCAUACAUGCAACUUUCAUACAUGCUAGUAACCUUGAAAAAUGGUUCAAACCACUAAACUUUAAAACUCUGUAGAAGGCUUCCAAGUAUUAAGUAACUUAACUGGGUGAAAAAUGAACGCUGUUUUUCCACUUCGGUUUCAUUUGAUGGUUGAAGUAUGGAUGCAAAUCUGUUCAUUACUUGCUUGAUUUCAGAAGAGAUGUCACUGGUAACUCCAGAUGUGAAGGAAUCUAAUUUUAUGUCCUCAUAUUCAAGUAAUAUGAGUAGAGGAGAAGUAGUUCUCGAUUAAACUUUUUAACUGUGAUGGAUUUUCCUAGUAGGAUACUUCUUGGAGACUUCCUGGUAGCUUGUGUGGCUGCAAGCAGUGUUUGUGUAAGAGAGAGAUGAGCAAUGAAGCAGUUAUUCCAAAGCAGCUGUCCAUUUUUUUUGCCUUUUAAUGCACUAGCGUAAUAAACUGUACUGUUACAUUGUGUACUAAACAGAAUGUAUUUUAUCACUGGAAGUGUUGAUUUUUUUUUUUCUUCCUAAUCUUAAUUUAUACUGUUAGACGAUUAAACUGUUAUGAACAGAGUAAGUGAUUUAAUGGUGAUAUAAUGUUAUUCAUCUUUUUAUGUCUGUAAUUCUUCACCCUUCAGCAGGCUGUAAUAUGUUUGGUAAUAACAAGCUGUCGGGUCUUUCACUGAGGGGUGGAUUUAUGUUGUUGAUUAUAAAUACUAAUCAUUCCAAAUGGACAAAUAAAACACUUAAAACCCC